AUGCCGUAUUUGUUUGGGACAGUAAAAGUAUUGUGCUUCUUACGGAUAGCUGAAGACCUCGACAAAUGCUUGUACGGGUCCUUCCACCUCAACUUUGUAGAACCUCUCCCUCGUGCCUUGCUAGAAGAGCUGGCAGCCUCUGUCGCCAGCGCCGGAACAGGUGACUUGGUUGAACAGGUGAGUUCUCAAUCAAUAUUUAUGUCACCGCUUCCUUCUACUACGCCAUCUAGUCAAGCAGGGCCAUCCAAGGCACCUGUAACAUCUUACACACUCCUGAACUCCCCAUCAUCCACUGAACAACAGAUAGAAGGGGAGAUUGAAUGCAUAUCCAAUGGUCUCUUCAGUGCUGUUGUUACAAUGGGUGACUUAAAUAUCGCACGGAUAAGGCCACGUUCCAGUCAUCCGCGCGCCCAAAGGCAAUGCUGCGGAGAUGAUAGCAAAAAGCUCGAUAUCAAGAUACGAGAUGCGAUUCUUUCGGCCUCCCGAACUCAUGGGGCCACGUCAUCAUUAUUCGCGCAAGAUGCAUCUGGCUUGUCGAAUCUGCAACGACCACUGCUGCUGAUUCUUGACAGAAAUAUUGAUCUCAUUUCGAUGAUCUGCCACGGAUGGACGUAUCAAGCCCUAGUGUCUGAUUGUCUAGAGAUCAAGCUCAAUCGCGUAGUUGUUACUCAACCACAGAAGCGCUCAUACGAUCUCGAUUCUAAGGACUUUUUCUGGGCAAAAAAUGCACCAAACCCAUUCCCUCAAGUCGCUGAAGAGAUCGACACGGAACUGAGCAAAUACAAGCAAGAUGCUGCCGAAAUCACACGAUCUACGGGUGUCAGUGAUGUUAAUGACAUCUCGCAAAUUGAUAUAUCUUCCAAUGCUGCACACUUGAAAACUGCGAUCACACAGCUACCAGAACUGACUGCGCGGAAGGCCGUUCUCGACACCCAUAUGAACAUAGCCACUGCAUUGCUGGAGCAGAUCAAGAAGCGUGCGCUUGAUGAACUUUUCAGCACCGAAGAGGCCAUCAGUAAACAGACCGUUGCUUCAGUUUUGGAGAUGCUCCGCUCUCCUCGUUCAAGCGGCACCUUGACACCGGAGGAUAAACUGCGCCUAGUUCUUGUCUUCUACUUGUCUUCACCGGAUAAUGCGAUCUCGAAGGACGACAUUGUCGAGUUGGAAAAGGAGUUAAAGAAUGCAGGAGCUGAUACCGAAUCAUUUGAAUAUGUCAGACGCACAAGGGAGAUCUCGCGGAUGACAGUGGCUACUGCUGUUGGAGGAACCUCGACGCCCGUACUCGGUGCAGGCCAAGGAGAACUCUUCAGGGGCUUCACAGCAUUCGGAAAUAGGCUCACUGACCGACUCAAAGAAGGAGGUCUCGACAAUCUUAUCUCAGGUGUCAAGAACUUCCUACCGGCGAACAAAUUGCUCCCUGUUACUCGAAUUACUGAGGCGAUCAUGGACUCGUCUGCAGCUUCGAACCAGUCGCUGCAAGAAACAGAUGAUUACAUUUUCCUUGACCCCCGAGCCUCUCGACACACUGGCCUCGGUCUUUCAGGAGGUACAGGUGGUCCAGGAGGCGGCUCAUUAAUCAACUAG